AUGGCGGCCAUGCGAGACCCUGAACUCGACGACGUGCCUCCUCCGCCGUACUCCGAGACAGAUGUCUACUCAACCUCUGGCCGCCCGUCAAAUCCGCCCUCAAACUCACCACACAUCUCGUCCCAUCAUGGCGCCGACGAUGCUGCCUCGCGCGGCUCUUCGCACGCCUCAUCUCAUAGCGAAGUCAUCUACACCCCGCCAUUGACGCCCCGCACCGGCGGCCCAGGCAGCAGCGGCAGCGGCGGUGUUCACCAUCACAGCUCGAAUGCAAGCCUCGACCUCUCCAGCCGCUCUGUCGCGGCGACUGGGGGAGGAUCUCACCAAUCUCAAUCUCUUUCGGGUUCAGUAUCGGCAUCGACAACAGCGUACUCGGAGUUCACAGCAUCCUAUUUCGAAUCGAGGCCGGCGCCCACAGCACUCGCCCCGUCACCCAGGGACCACCUCCUCGUCCACGCACUGACCGUCACCCCGACCUCGACACCGGACGACGUACCCUACUCCCCGGCCUGGGCCCCCCGCGACGUCACGCAGCAGGACUGGGCGACGUUCCUGAAUUGCUUGAUCCCGCACCACGCUGCGGCACGGAACGAGGCUGUUAUCGAUCGUAAGCUGCAGGCCGAGGAGGAGGCCCUUGCUGCCGCCGCCGCUGCCACAUCCAGUGGAAUCAGUACGGCGCAGAGCAACAGCGGUAGUAGCGUUCACGCCUCGGCACAACUAGAUCAGAUCCGCGCGGAUAGGGACACUGAUCCCGGCGCCGCGGCCGCUGCUUCGGGCACGAGGAGGGAAGAAGCAGAGGUUGUGGUCGCGCAGUGGAACGAGGGGUUCUUCCGGCCCAGGGGCAUGCUCAUCACGCUGGUACCUGAGGUAGCGGAGAAUGAUCUGCACAUGCCGGGCGCAUGGGACCGAUCUUUUGACAGAAACUCUGAAAAUCCUGCUAUCGGAGGCGGCGAUCGCGAUCUUAGUCUCGGUGGUGAGAAUGGUAGCGGCGGUCCCACGCCCGUGCCGUUCCCCGCGCAUCCAGGUCAAGGGCCCACGAUGCAAACCCAGCAGCAACCGCAAUCUGGCUUCAACGAAUCCCGAAAUAGUUGGAGCUUUGGCGGCAUCACUGUCUCGACGGACGGCAUUAACAUUGGCGACCGUAUCGUCGCAGGCAGCAACGGUAUUCGAGUAGGGAACCUUAUAGCGGACGAGAACGGCAUCAGGUUUGGAAGCACCACCACGCCGCGCGCGCAAGCGCAUUACGCCGGUCCCGGAUGGGCACCUCCUCCGCCGCCCGCACCCCCAGGUCCGCCACCGGUUCCGAUGUUUAGCGGUCCCGGCCACAUUCCGGGACCCUUUUCCCCGACGGGGCCGCCUCACCCUCAGCCACCGAUCAUUCCACAUCCGAACCCGCAGCAUCCCUUCUAUCAAGGCAGCGGCCCGCAACAACAACACGGACGCCAUGAGAGCGGCGGCGGCGGCGGAGGCGAGGUAGCAGCCCGCGGUCGACCUCCCGGCAGGUACCCCUCAGACCAGCGCUCCAUCUCAUCCUCCUCCACCUCCUCAACAUCCUCUGCAUCCUCUGAAUCCUCCGUCGGCUCCCUACCAGACUAUGAAGACCUCUACCCCUCACAGCUUCCCAUCUACAAGCAGCGCGUCACCUCCUGGCUAUCACACCCAGAACAGCCUGUCACGAAAGACGACAUCGCGCAGCUCCGCGAGGACAUACGUUCCGCCGGCUCAACGGCGGCGACGCAACCUCAGCAGCAGGCAGAGAAAGGGCCAGGAGAAACAGCAUCAGCAGCCGCUUCUGCGUCGAAGAAGGCAGAGGAGAAAGCCCUCAGGGCGGAAAUUAGAAGCAUCACGCAGGACUGGCGCAAACUCAAGCGCCAGCAGCGGGCAACGCGCAAGGAGAAGCGGAGGGAACGCCGCGCGAGAAGGAAAGAGGAGAAGAGGGAGCGGAGGGAGGAGAGGAGGGAAAGCAGGAGGGAGAAUAGGGGUGCAAGGCGGGAGCAGAGAGAAGCGCAUAGGGAGGCGCGGAGAGGCGGCGGUCGUGGUGGACCGGGAGGAGAUCCUAACCACCAUGAUCACCAACGUCGACAUCAGCUAGAGCAGCAACGACAUCAGCAGCAACAGCAGCAGCACCAGGCGCAACAGAGACAACACCAGGAGCAGCAAAGACGGCACCAAGAACAGCAAAGACGGCACCAAGAGCAGCAAAGACAACAUCAAGAGCAGCAGCGUCUACACAAUCAACAGCAGCAACAACACCAACAGCAUCAACAACAGCAGCAGCAUCCACAGAACCAACAACACCAGCAACAUCACGGUCCCGGACCGGCGCCGUGGGGCGGGCCGACAGUAUUUGUCCCGCCGAUAGGUGUUCACGUUCCCCCGCCACCCAUGGUACACAGCACUCCUCCCAUCCCCAACUUCCCUAACAAUGCCUCUCCCGUGCCGAAUGUUUGGGGCAUGCCGUGGGGACCUCCAGGGCCGGGCAGAGGUUCCAUGCCGGGGGGGUUCCCAGGUGGCGGUCCUCCUGGUCCUGGUCCCUGGGGAGGGUCGCCCGGGGCAUGGCCAUUCACAACAGCGCCGCCAGUACCAGCAGCAGGGAACAGAAGCCCCAGCAUCGGCGGCGGCGGUGGCAUGACCUCAACGCCAUCUACGCCAACGCCGCCCUCGUCCCAGGCGCUUUUCAAGGCGGUGGAGGAGAUGGAGAAGGAUAUCGCCAGGAGAGUGGAGGAGCUAGACAAAGUAAGGACGGAGAUGCGGGAUAGUAAUCCCGGAAGGGGACGCUGCGGCGGUGGUCGAGGCUGGGGUCGGGGCCGUGGCGGAGGAUGCGGCGGAAGAGGCGGCGAUGAGAAUACGCAACGUCUGGAGGAGGAGAUUGACGAGUUGUCGAGGAAUAUCGAGAAGCUUAAGGUCGAGGCGGAUGCAGAGUUUGCGCGGGAGUUGGCGGCGGAGGACCAGAAGUCUGGGGUGUGGUAG